CUCACGCAUUCUUAACUUCCUACAUAACCACGCAUAUUGGAAUCAUUAUAGAUCUCCGUAUGUGGAAAUGACUUAUCACAUCCAAACUACACAGUAAUAAGAUGGAAACAAACGGCUGAUUAUGGGUACGUACCAAACCCGAAGCAACCCAAAACAUUUAUGGCCGUUGCUAUGGACUUACCUGACAAUGCUUCUCCAUUUUCUUCUGUCCAUCCCCGCUAUAAAAGUGAUAUCGCUGAUAGAUUAGUUUUGGGUGCACGUAAUAUCGCUUAUAAUGAAGAAACAUAUUGGACAGGUCCUAUUAUAGACAAAGUGUUGGUUUCAACCAAAUGCGAUGAUACAUGUGUGCUGACUGUAAUUUACAAAAAAGAUUCGGUUAAAACAUUUGGAAUUGAAAUUCGAACAAAUGUGGGGUUUGAGGUUUAUUUCAACCAUUCAAAAAAAUGGACUGCAUUUAACAUUACAUCACACAAAAAAGAUCGUUUAUAUAUCACUAUCAAAAAGCAGCCAUUAGACAAAAUUACUGCUGUACGAUAUGCAUGGAAAAUGGAACCAUGCUUGUUGAAGUUGUGUGCAGUAUACGGAGCUAGUAGAGAUUUACCAAGUCCACCUUUUAUCGCGUAUGGUCCGUUUCUCGAAAAUGAAGUUUAACUUUUUACAUGACUACUUUAAUAACAUUUUCUAUAUUUUUAAAUAAAAUUUUCUUUUUUUAGAUUAUGUAUAAUAAAAAAUAUUGUCGCAGUUAUAUGAUUUAAUUAUUCCUAAGUGGGUGUGCCUGUCGUAUUUUAUUUAUUUAUUUAUUUAUUACUAUUAUUUACCCAGGAUAGCCUCUUCAGUUCCUAUUGGUACUGCUAUCAACGAGGGUCCUGCGAAGGGGGUCCUAGCGCAUUUAAAGCUCCCAUUUGAGCUACGAAAGUCGUGGAAGCACAGCAAUCGCUCAACUAGACAACCG